AUGUCGAACCUUCAGUGUUCUUGGUUGGGGAAAAGAGGGACACUAUGUGGUUUGAUACCAACAGUUCUUGGUUGGGGAAGAGAGGGACACUAUGUGGUUUGUAAAAUUACACAGGAGUAUCUUAGUGAAAAUGCUCUUUUUGCAGUGAAACAACUGCUUCCAGAUUCUGCUCAUGGCGAUCUUGCUGCACUUUGCUCUUGGCCUGAUGAAAUUCGCUUCCAUUAUCAUUGGAGUAGUGCUUUGCAUUAUGCUAUUACACCUGAUUUCUUGUGUAAUUAUCAAUACUGCAGAGAUUGUCAUGAUUCUUAUGGACGGAAGCAUAGGUGUGUUACUGGAGCAAUUCACAAUUAUACGAUGCAAUUAAAAUUAGCUUAUGCGGAUGCUUCAUCUAAAUUUAACUAUAAUUUGACAGAGGCACUUUUGUUCUUGUCACAUUUUGUUGGGGAUGUACAUCAGCCCCUACAUGUUGGUUUUACCGGAGACCUAGGUGGAAACUCGAUAACAGUUCGUUGGUACAGGAGGAAAACAAAUCUUCAUCAUGUAUGGGAUAACAUGAUUAUUGAGUCUGCUCUGAAAAUGUUCUAUGGCUCAGAUCUUUCAACUAUAAUAUUCAAUCACACCAUUCAAAUUUUCAUUUAG